UAAGUCAAGUGGGCGUCUCAAUAGUGUAUACUACGUGUGAGUGUGAGAGAAAGAUCAAAAUGGAAAGAAGGGUUUUUGAAGCAGCCCUAGAGGGAGAUGUAGCAACUUUAAAGAGGUUGUUACGUGAAGAUCCUUUGGUUCUCGAUAAAAUCUUGGUGAGUGUCAACUGCGAGACACCAUUAUAUGUUGCCGCCAUGUUGGGAUACCAUGAUUUUGCUAAUGAAAUCCUCAUAAAAAAACCCGAGCUCGCGAAGGAGUUGAACUCCAAGCAGUCUUCCCCUCUCCACCUCGCGGCGGCCAAAGGGCAUGUCGGCGUGGUUAGAGCCAUAUUGUUAGUUGAUCUCGAGAUGUGUAAGGGUCGCGAUAGAGAUGGCCUAACUCCUCUCCACCUCGCGGCAAUCAAAGGGAGAGUUGAUGUGUUGAAGGAGCUGAUUAAUGCAAUUUCAGUGAGUGGAUUAGUUGAUAUGAUGGGCGUGGAUUAUGAGCAGUUGGGAGAGAGCAUUUUGCAUAUGUGUGUUAAGCAUAGCAAGUUGGAGGCUUUGAAGACUCUGGUGGAGAUGAUAGGAGAUGGUGGUGGGGAUUUUGUGAAUUAUAAGGAUAGUUUUGGCAACACCAUUCUGCAUCUUGCAGUGUCAGAUAAACAAAUUGAGAGGAUUGCAUAUAUGCAGACUGUGAAGUUUUUGCUCAUGCAUACAACAAUAGAAGUGAACGCUGAAAAUUUGAAUGGGUUAACAGCUAUGGACAUUCUGCUUCAAACUCGAAAUGAUGUGAAAGAGAUGGGCAUUGCUGAACUUCUUACGCACAAGGGAGCUAAAGAAGCAUCGCAGCAGCAACAAAUGCAAAGCCCCCAGAGCCAACCCUCCAAAAACAAGAAGAAAAACAAAAGAAAAAAGCCAAUUGGCAAUAAUAAUAGAAAGGAGCACUGGGUUCAAAAAAUGAGAGACGCAUUAAUGGUGGCGGCGUCUUUGCUGGCAACUAUGGCGUUUCAGGCAGUUGUGAGCCCUCCAGGCGGUUUAUUCCAAAGCAGCGAUACAGUUAUAAGCGAGUCAGAAGUCCAAAAUGAUCCAAGCAGUUUCUUUUCUUUUAUAGGAAACUCCGAAUCAUCAUCAUCGUCCAACUAUAAUUAUAAUGAUUUUGCCCCUGCACCAGCUGUUGCACAGGACACAGAGACAAUAAAUUGUACAAUUGGGAAAUCCGUGAUGUCUUAUUACAAGCCACCGGUUUAUAACAUGUUCCUAGUGGCCAACACCAUCAGCUUUCUUGCAUCUCUCAGUAUCAUUCUGCUGUUCAUAAGCGGUUUGCCGCUAAGCCGGAAAUUCUUUAUGUACAUUAUGAUUAUCGUGAUGUGGGUGGCCAUCACUGGGAUGGGGUUAAGUUAUUUCUUCUGCAUAUACAUGAUUACACCGCAGUGGAUAAACAUGAACGUAGGACUUUACUUGUACAUCAUCGGGGGGUGUUUGUUAGUAGGACAUGGGGUUCUUUUCUUAGGGCAUGUAAUUCAGAUGACAGUCAAAGUGGUCAAAUGGGUGUACAGAGCAAUGAGAGCAUUGAAGAGAAAGCUGCCGUCCACCAUGAAUUCAAGUUCUAUGGGUAAGGACGACUCUGCUCACGGGAUCGAUAUAUAAUUAAGUUAUUAUGUACUCAACUCAAUUGUUGAAGCAUAUGCUACAUCUCAACUAAAAGUUUAAGCUGAUAGUUGGAUUGCACGUUUAUGUGUAUAUAUUAUAUGUUCAACAAAUUAAACUUCUUUUAAUUAACUUGUAUUAGAACAUUCUGGUUGUUGCUUGUUGUAUUAGAACGUUCUGCAUGCUUGUUGCUGAA